AUGGUGGAAGAAACUGACGUGAAACAGGCCCUGAACGGUCAUGACCGUCCACUCUCAAUCACCAUUGCCAUCACGCUUCUCAAGGUACAUUUGAGACAAACUAAAGAGAAAAACAGUACAUACUUCAUUUUAAGGUUGUGUUCUUUGUUUACGAUAUCGUCACUUUCAUUCCAUUCAAAAUAUUUGCGGACCCGGCGGAGAAACUGGAAAAGUCGGAACGGAUCAAGGUACACAUCCAAGAGAACAAUAGACUCAUCUCCAAGUAUUUUUUGCAGGCUGAGCCGGAGAACUCGAACCCAUCCACUCCAUGGAAGAAUGUGAAUGCGAAGGAAGGACUUUUGAGCUCUUCGUUCGAAGGAAUUCACGAUCUCGGAACCCAAUGGGAGGAAUGUGUUCGGUUAGUUUUCGGUUUCUAUAUUUCCUCGUUCGUUAACUGAUCCCAAUUAUAUUUUACACACCGGUAGCUUAUCAGUUUAGUUCAGCUCCACACAAGACACUAAUGUUAUCACAGCAGGUUUCUUUUAUUGAUACCGUUGAUCACAGCCACCACAAGUUUUUCGUACCGUAAAUGUGGUGUGAUUUUCAUUUAAGAUAGUGAUCACAUUUGCGUCAAACUAUGUUCAUCAAAGAAUGAGGAUGUAGAAUAGAAAAGAACGCAUGUAAUAGUAGAACGAACCCAAUUAGGAAAACCUAAUUAUGUGAACAAACCUUUUUUCAGUCGUUACGGUAACCUGGCAUGCAUGGGAACCCGCGAAGUUCUCAAAGUGCACAAGGAGAAGCAGCCAAACGGAAAAAUCUUUGAAAAGUGGCAGAUGGGAAAUUACAACUGGAGAACCUACGCUCAAGUCGACAAGCGCGUCAACCUGGUGGCAUCCGGACUCACUAGCCUUGGACAGCAGGUUCGAGAGUGCUAUUAACACGUUUGCUAACUUUUUUCUCAAUUUUAGGAGAAAGAACCAAUAAUCUUGUUCGCUGAAACCAGAGAGGAAUGGAUGACCACUGCCUUGGCUUGUAUGAAGAUGAACUUCCCGAGUAAGCGGUUCCUGAGAACAAUCACAUUAGUGGCUUCUUUUUUACAGUUGCCACCAUGUACGCUACUCUUGGAGACGAUGCCGUUGAAUAUGCGAUUAAUGAAGUCGGGGCCAAGACCAUCUUCACUUCGGAAGCACUCAUCUCGAAAGUCAAGCGAGCCAUGAGCAACGGAGCUUCUUCCAUCGAAAACAUCAUUUUCUUCGACAGUGUGGAUCCGGCAUCCCGUGGAGAAUCCGUUGAUGUCGACCUCCCAUUCACCCUUCUCUCUUUUGACCAGCUUCUCGCUCGCGGUCAACGUGAGUACUGUAUGUUGCUUGGGUUUUUUCGCUUUUCGAAGUUACAGUGUUAACCGUCCGCCAACCUACCUACCUCGACUUGUUUUUUGUUUCCCUUCUUAUUCAAAGCUAGUGUGUCCCCGUCUAAUCGUAUCGGUUUGAAGUGUACUUCGAUUACAAGUCAAACUCUUAUCGGUAUAAUAACCGUUUUUUUCAGCACACCCGGUUCCGAUUCGCAGUAAGAAGGAUGAUUUGGCCCUUAUCAUGUACACCUCGGGAACGACCGGAAACCCGAAAGGUGUGAUGAUUUCGCAUCAAAACAUCGUGGCGGUCACUGCCGGACAGGCAUUCAACAUUGAACUCAAGUAUGAUGAUUUCUGAUAUUUACCCCUUAUCAUGUGAUUUGCAGGCCAGACGACAAAUACAUCGGAUAUCUCCCGCUCGCCCACAUUCUUGAAGUCUGCGCAGAGAUGGUUGUCUUCACUAAAGGUGUCCGAAUCGGCUACUCGUCCGCCCAGACACUGUUCGACAGAGCGCCAAAGAUUUUGAAAGGAGAACACGGAGAUUGUUGGGUUCUGCAGCCGACUCUUAUGGCUUGUGUCCCAGCGGUUAUGGAUCGAAUUUUCAAGGCUGUUAUCGAUGAGGUCAAUGCGAACAGUGAGAUGUUCAAAGAACUUUUCAAGACCUGCUACGAGAGAAAGAGAUCGAGAUAUGAGGAAGGAUAUUCUAGCUUCAUUCUGAACAAAUUGGUCUUCAACCGUAUCGGAAAACUACUCGGAGGAAACAUUCGCCAGAUUCUCUCAGGAGGAGCGCCACUCAGCCCAGAAACCCAACGAUUCAUGAACAUUUGCUUCUGCUGCCCUGUUGUUCAAGGAUACGGACUCACUGAGACCUGCGGAGGAGGAACUAUUGCUGACAUCCACGAUCUCUCCACCGGAACCGUCGGACCACCACUUCCUUGCUGCGAAAUCCUCCUCCAAGAGUGGGCCGAGGCUGGAUACUCCCCGAAGAACUCCCCGCCACAGGGAGAAAUUCUGGUCAGCGGGCCAAAUGUCGCGCUUGGAUAUUAUAAGAACGAAGAAAAGACUCGCGAGGAGUUCGUUACCGUGAAUGGAAAGCUGUUCUUUGCCACUGGAGACAUUGGCGAGUUCCGAGAGGACGGAUCACUCAAGAUCAUUGGUACAUUCAGAGAACCGAAAUAAUCCUUUUCUUUUAUACUACGUUGUUGUUAUUUGCAGACCGUAAAAAGGAUUUGCUGAAGCUUGCUCAUGGAGAAUACAUUUCUCUAGGUAAAGUCGAGACCAAUCUUCUGACCAAUCCGCUCGUCGACAACGUCUGCGUCUAUGGUGACUCGAACAAAAGCUUUUUGGUCGCGUUGGUCGUGCCAAACCAGAAGAACCUGACCCAGUUGGCCGAGAAACUUGGAGCCGACACCAAAAACUUUGAGACUUUGUGUGAGGAUAAGAAGAUUGCGGAGGCACUUCAGAAGGAACUGAGCACAUAUGCUGCUUGUAAGUUUAGGACUGUUCAGGUCCAAAUCAGAACGGACAAAUUAAUCAUUUGUUUGCAGCGAAACUCCAACGCGUCGAGAUUCCGCAGAAGUUGUUCAUUUGCCACGAGCCAUGGACCCCGGCCUCUGGACUGCUCACCGAAGCCCUCAAACUAAAGAGAAAAAACAUUGAGAACGCGUUCCGCAAGGAACUCGAGAACCUUUACAGCUAA